AUGCAAAAACUCGCCAAUAUGCGUCACUGGCCCGAGAGGAUGAGUCCCAGCUUCGGCAUGUCGCCGCGCCCCAACAUGAACUUGGCACCCAUAAACCCGCACCAGAAGACCGCCGCUGCGGGAGCUCCGCCGUUAAGUCCCUCGCCUGCUGCCGACAGCACGAUACACUACUCGUUCAACGUGCCCUUUGCCUCAGAUCUGGCUGGGCCCAACACGGAAGAGAUCCUCCAUGCCACCGGUGACUCGGUCAUGCGAUGGACCCACCCCGGCGACGCACCCGAUGACGUGCCCAUCUACGAGCUGCCCGUCCACGCACAGAACGUCACCAACCUGCGGAACAUGUGCAACGACCUCACCAAGGGCCCGCUGCCCAUCGAGGCCUACGUCGUCUCGACGAACCCCAAGCACCUCAAGGGCCAGGUCACCACCGUGUGUCUAACCGGACCCCCGGAGCUUGUCAACAAGAGUCGAGAGACCAUCUUGAACGACACUCCCCUGGCACUGCGUUGCACAACCGUCGAUAUCGAGUACGGCCUGGUGGCUGAUUCCCAAGCCGGUGUCCUGCUCAAGCAUUUCACUGACGCCCUGGACACAUUUUCCCAGUUUUGCGGAGUGGACAUAUUCAUUCUUGGCCCCAAGCUGACGCCCAUGGUUGACGGCCUCAACGGCGAUGUCGAGGUCAUCCGGGAUCAGAGAUGGCGUGUUGCCAUAUACGGAGACAUGGAGGCGUCGGAACACGCCAAGACUCAUGUGCUCAUCUUCAUCGACAAGUUGCUCGGACGCAGGGUUGACGUCAUGAAUGUCGAGAGCACCUUGCAUCCCAUUGUCUGCGGGCGGUCGCGAAAAAACAUCAAGCUGAUUGAGUCGGCGACGAACACGGCUAUCUACUUCCCGCCAUUCGCUCAGCCCUACCGAUACAUCCCGCAGAAUGCCCAGCGUCGGAAACCUGAUGAGAUCUACAUCACUGGCGAGAACCCUCAGGGCAUUGAGUUGGCCAAACGCAAGAUCCACGAUCUCGUCACCCGGACGAACCUCUUCGUCAAGGACGCGCACAUCUCCCCUGCCAAGAUUGAUAUGAUUCUCCUCGGCCGUAUGGACAAGGUCCGCAAGAUUAUGGAGAACAACGGCACCUAUGCCAUGUUUCCACCCUUGGCAUCCAACCGUGACUUGAUUCGAGUUCAGGGUGUCGAGGGUUUGCAGAUCGAGCGAACGAUGAAGGAGAUCAUGUCUCUGUUCGGACAGUACUAUUUCGCCUCUUGGUGGAUUCAGCAGGCUGGUGCUGCUCAGAUUCCUAGCCCCCAUGAUAUCCGCACCAUGCUUGGGGACAUCUGUGCCAACUCCGAUGCUGACAUCUCCUUUGACAAGAUGACCUUCACUGUCACUGGUUCUGAUGAUGCUGUCAAGGAUGCAUUGACCGUACUGUCUCAAAUCAAGUUUGUAAACCAAACUCAGCACCAGAUUAGAGUCAAGAUCGAACUCGCCCAGGAGCACAAAGAAUUUGUGUCUGGAAAGAAGAACGGCAAGAUCAACAAGAUCAUGACGCAGAGUAAUGUGCAGAUUAUCUUUGAUGGCUUCAAAGAAUACAACUUCGAUAUUGACGUUAUCGCUCCGACUUAUGACUCGAUGAAGCAGGGCCUAGGCCUUGUUGAGCAAGAGAUGCCCGCUUCUAUCUCGUUCCAUGUCCCUGACCAAUACCACAAGCGCAUCAUUGGCAUUGGCGGUCAGCACAUCCAGCGGAUCAUGAAGAAACACUCGGUCUUUGUCAAGUUUUCCAACGCCAUGGAUCGCGGCGGCAUGGGUCGUGAAGACGAUGACGUCAAGGUCGACAAUGUGAUCUGCCGCACUCCGGCUCGCAAUGCUCAGAAUCUGGAGCUGGUCAAGUCUGAGAUCUUGGACAUGGUUGAUCGUGCUCAUUCCGAGUUUACUUCGCAGGUCGUACACGUGGACCGCUUGUACCACCGCCAACUGAUUGCCCGUUUGCCUGAGAUCGAGGAGCUUGAGAAGAAGUGGAAUUGCAAGAUUGUCUUUCCCAGUACCGAACAGGCAAGCGAUGAGGUGACUGUGACCGGACCUGAGUGGCAGGUUCCCCUGUGUGCCGACGAGUUCCUGGGCAUGGUCCCAGAGACCCACGAGCUUGUCAUGGUCCGCACCCCGGCCCUAGUCAAGUUCCUCGAGUCCCCGGAAUUUGUCAACGACCUUGUCAACAAGCUGAAGACCCAGCAUGAGGUUACAGUAGAGGUCCACGAGAACCCGGAGGAGAAGACUGAGGACGGUGGCCGUACCGUAACUUUGCUGUGGAAGCUGACUCGCAACAACACCGGCGGCCUCCGCGACGCCAUCGACUUCCUGCAAGCCCAAUUCGCCGCAGCUGGUGUCGAAGCCACCGUCGUCAAGGGCGCCAUCCCGCGACCCAAGUCGGAUUCGUUCGAGGAUUCCCUGCAGUACUUUGAUUCCAAGCUUCUCCAGCAUGCGCCUGCCCCAGUUGGUACCGACUCGCCCACCAAGCCUGGUUUCGGCGAGGAAAUUCAACAGCGAGGCACCACGCUGCUAGACAAGCUUCGAAAGCCGUCUCAGCUGCUCUCGUCGCUCGACCGCAGAAAGAACAGUUCACAUUCUGUCAACACCCUUUUCAAGGGAUCUACCAAUGUUUCCAAGUCGUCUCUGAUCUCGAUCGAGUCGACUCGCAGCUUCAAUGCUGACCGCAACCCCUGGAACGAUAGCGGCGUCAAUCUUCCAGACGACGACAACAACCCUUGGUCAAGCCGCCACUUUGGCAAUGGCUUUGAGACCAAAUUGACCCCUCCCAGUAUGCUCCAUGGCGGGGGUGAUGUCACCCCUCGACAUGGCACCCGCGCUUCUGGUGAUAGUGGCCGGCCUUCCACUUCUCAUUCUACAAAUUCAGGAUACCCCGGUCCCAUUGGUGGACCUUUCCGUUAG